AGGGUUUUGAUUCUGACCGACAGUAAAUCCCCGCCCUAAUGCGCUUUGAUACGGACUGGGAAAUGAAACAGGUUUGUUGAAGAAAACCUGGCCACGAAGCGUGCAGGCUGUUAACAUCUCCUUCUGGAACUGAAAACCCAGAGUUUCCCUCAUCUCCGCGUAACUUCAUUAAAACCGCUUUCUCUGCACAUUUACCGAUACGGCCAUGGAAAUAGCAACAGGCUCUGGGAGGUAGGCUGCUACACACGCUGGCUUCAGUCCGGUUUGUCGGAAAGUCUGCUUCAUGAGAUCCAAUUGAGACUGCUGUCUGCCCUUCUGAAAAAGAAACUGUGCUGCUGGAAAUGAAUGCUUUCUGUUUGAAUUCUGGGUGCAACAGAUAAUAGGCAAAGGCAACAUCUGUGAUGCGUGCUCCUUGGUCCCUUCUUCUCCCGGCGGCGGUCAUCAUGUGCUAUUUUAUGACGGGGCCGCACAAUUGCGUGGCCUCCCAGAAGAAGACCUCCUGCUAUGUGAAGGAUGGUCGAGCUGACUGCAGCCAUCUCAGCCUCAGCGCAGUCCCUCCAAACCUUCCCGGGAACAUCACCACUCUGGAUAUGUCUCACAACAGAUUGAAGGAAAUUCCUCCUGUUUCUCUAAUCCCGUACCCAGGCCUCUUCCAUCUUGAUGUCAGUUACAACAGCAUCACCAAGCUGGACAAGGGUUUGUGCCAGACACUGUCUCUGCUGCAGACACUGAACAUAGAACACAAUGAAGUACAUUUGCUGAAGAAGGAGGAUGUCAGCCAUUGCACCAAUCUAACACAGCUGAUUAUGGCUAGUAAUAGGCUAAAGCUACAAGGAGAGCCCUUCUCUGCACUACAGAGCCUGAAAUUUCUUGAUGUUUCCAUGAACAAACUGCAGUCAGCCAAGCUCAGCUCUCAGCCUCAACUGCCCAGCCUGGUGAACCUCAAUCUGGCAUUCAAUGAGUUCACCACUCUGAAGAAUGAUGACUUUUCCUUCCUUAACCACUCAUCCUUACGUGUCCUCAACCUGUCAUCUGUGUCUCUAAAAACAUUGGAGCCUGGUUGUUUUACACCCAUUUCAAGCCUACAAACUUUAAUCAUGGAUGGGAGCAAUAUGGCCACACUGGUUAUUUCUAGACUCUGCUCAGAGCUGUCAGGGACAGCCAUUGAUGCCCUGUCUCUUCAGAAUGUAAAGCUGGUCACACUCACAAAAGCAACCUUUGCAGGUCUAGAGAAAACAAAUGUAACCUUUCUAGAUCUUUCCCGCAAUGGUAUUGACAAAAUUGAAGAAGGCUCAUUUCAGUGGCUGUCCAGACUUAAAACUCUAAUCAUGGCAGACAACAACAUCAAGCACCUGACCAAGGACACAUUUCAGGGACUCAAAAGCCUGAAAAAACUUGACUUGAAAAAAGCUCUGGUGAAAAGUCAUACCUCUGCCACCCCGAUUAUUGAUGAUUUCUCUUUCCAACCUUUAAGUGCCCUGGAGAGUUUGAUAUUACAGAGAACUGCAGUCCGGGAAAUCACGGAGCACACAUUUACCGGCUUGACGAGUCUUAAAGAACUUGAUAUGAGCUGGAGUAGCUAUACUUCACUCAGAAACAUCACCAACAAGACCUUAGUUUCACUUGCGGGAUCACCUCUCUCAAAGCUCAAUCUGACAGGUGCAGACAUAACACAGAUUAAUCCUGGAAGCUUCUCCGUUUUGAGAAACCUCACCACUCUUCUUCUGGAUUUCAACUUUAUCAAGCAAACGCUCACUGGCAAAGAGUUUGAAGGCCUGGGUCAAGUUCAAGAGAUUCGCAUGUCCAAUAACCACCAGACGGUCGAUCUAAGCUCCACGUCAUUUGCCAAUGUGCCAAAUCUUAGGAUCCUGACUUUGGGAAAAAGUCUUAAAGCCACAGCCUUGAACUUGGACCGCUCUCCAUUCAGUCUCCUGUCCAACCUCACCUUCCUGGAUCUCAGCAACAACAACAUUGCGAAUAUCAAAGAGAAUAUGUUGGAGGGGCUUGUGAACCUGAAGGUGCUGAAGCUCCAACACAAUAACUUAGCCCGUUUAUGGAAGACUGCCAACCUAGGUGGGCCAGUGUUGUUUCUCAAAGGGGCACAGAACCUGAUAAGCUUGUACAUGGAUUUUAACGGGCUGGAUGAGAUCCCAGUUGAGGCUCUGAGAGGGUUGAGUAACCUCCAUGAACUAAGCCUGGCCAACAAUCUUCUUAAUAGUCUUAAGGACUCAAUUUUUGAUGAUCUGAACUCAAUGCGGGCUUUAUAUUUACAGAAGAAUCUGAUCACAACUGUGAGGCCUGAAGUGUUCAAAACACCUAUGAGCAACCUCAGCCUGCUCGUCAUGGACAAAAAUCCAUUUGACUGCACAUGUGAAAGCAUCCUGUGGUUUGUGACGUGGUUGAAUAACACAAAUAUGAGCCGUGUGCCAGGUCUCCGGGAGCAUUAUAUGUGCAACACUCCACUAGCUUACUUUAAUCACUCUAUAAUGGAUUUUGACGCCCUUUCUUGCAAAGAUAUGACCCCAUUUCAGGCUCUUUACAUACUGAGCAGCACAAUUGUUAUCAUGCUAACUGUAACUGCACUUUUGGUACGGUUCCAUGGCUGGAGGAUUCAGUUUUAUUGGAACAUUUUGAUCAACCGCACAUUAGGAUUUAGUGAUGCCAAAGUUGAAGAAGGCAGGGAGUUUGAGUAUGAUGCUUAUGUCAUACAUGCAAAGGAAGACAGCAACUGGGUGAAGAGAAGAUUGGUCCCAUUAGAGAAGAGAAAAUGUCAGUUUUGUUUGGAGGAUCGUGAUUCAAUCCCUGGCAUGUCACAGCUUGAAACCAUUGUGGAUAAUAUGAGAAGGUCCAGAAAGAUCUUGUUUGUCGUCACUGAAACUCUUCUCAAUGAUCCCUGGUGUAGAAGAUUCAAGGCCCAUCAUGCACUUCAUCAGGUCAUUGAAGACAGCAGGGACUCUGUGGUUCUGGUCUUCCUGCAGGAUGUUCAUGACUACAAGUUAUCUCAGUCACUCUUUCUUCGCAGGGGCAUGUUGCGUUCAUGUUGCAUCCUGGACUGGCCUGUCCAUAAGGAGAGAGUGCCGGCCUUUCACCAGAAGCUCCUCAUAGCACUUGGCAUGACUAAUCGAUUGCAGGAGUGACUGUAUUCCAUUGGUAGCAACUGGAAAUACCCUUUGUAAUUAUAAUGACCAAUGUAUUUUCAUGUAUUACUAAUUGCUACCAAUUGCUGAUUGUUUUGCCCUCUGUGUGAAUAUUGUGCUUUUUUAUGUACUGCAUACUGUAUCACGUGUCAUAUUGUAUAUAUAUUUAAUUUCAGUUUUACAUCAACAAAAAAUCCAAUAAGAGCAUCACUCCAAUGGUAAUGAAUGAAAAGUGUUGUUUGUGCAUGUGUCUGCACAAAACACCACUGCACAUUUGGUCACACAGCAGUAACAAUAACUAUUCAUUUUUUUGUGUGUUUGUGCAUUAAUUAUUUGCCUGUUCAAGUAACGUAACACAUCUGAGGUGUUUAUUUUAAACAAACUCCAGAUGAACAGUUACAUUUUGAUAAGUGUUAGUUAGCAAUUUACUGUAUAUGUAAUAUACAGUAAAAACUAUCUGGAAUAAUAAAAGAAAAUGGGUUCAAAAACA